AUGCGCGGGGCGGCAGCGACCCUGCGCGGCAAGGGGAAGCCUCGGGGGCGGGCCGGGGGCACCACGCCUGCCCCAGGCAACCGCACAGGCGCAUGCACUCAGCUGCCGCUGCCCCCGAAGGGCACCUUCCAAGUCCUUCGUGGCGAUGGCGCUUCUCUGGGGACCGUGCUUCUUUUCCACUGUCCCUCUGGUCACCAGAUGGUGGGGUCCGGCCUCCUUACCUGCAUCUGGAAGGGGAGCAUCGCCGAGUGGUCUUCAGGAACCCCCGUGUGCAAGUCUGUACCGCCACAUGAGACCUUCGGCUUCAAGGUGGCUGUGAUCGCCUCCAUUGUGAGCUGCGCCAUCAUCCUGCUCAUGUCUGUGGCCUUCCUCACCUGCUGCCUCCUCAAGUGCGUGAAGAGGAGCGAACGGCGGCGCUCUGACAGGACGGCGCAACUGUGGUACCAGCUGAGAGGCGAGGACUUGGAGACGGUGCAGGCCUCGUACCUCGGCCUCAAGGGCUUCAACAGCAGCAGCAGCAGCAGCAGCAGCAGCAGCAGCAAGGCCGGAAGCCGGCCGGUCCAGGCGCACUACAACCACAGCUUCACCGCAGACCACGGCGAGAGCACCGGCGAGCUGGCCAGUGUGAGCCACGGCAUGGACAAGAACCCCUGGACUCCUGGGCCCAGAGUUCUGAGCCCCAGCGGCCCCUCCAGCUCACCUCGAGCCCAGGUGAUGGUGCACUCAGUGAACCCAGGACAGACCCGGCCUGCCUCCGGGCUGGCCGCAGCAACGCCGAGACAGCCUGCAGCAUACACCCCAGGGUGA